CCUUGCAUCGACCUGGAGGCUGCACCUGCUGAACGCCAAGUGGCUGGAGUAGGCUACGAAUACUAAUCGCACUAAAAAUACUAAUUCGAAAGGAUGCCGGGCUCGUUGACGUACGUAAACGUAUACGACUGUACAUGCGAUCCUAGAGACGGCUUUUAUUCCACCAUCACAUCUUUCAACGGAGGCUUCGUAGAAACUGUUCUCCUUUGACAAGUUCUGUGGCGCCGGUUCAACAAGUUCAUGGUGUUCAGACGUUACCGUCCCGACUCCGCUGUGGACGAAGGCAAGAAACGGUUUCGCUUGCUAGUAGGGCUCGGAUGCCUUCGUUGCUAAAGCUCUUCCCCUGGCAGCACGGUGACGUAAAUAUCUAAUCUCUCCUGUCUCCUUCAUUAACGAAACAACUUGAACAAUUCUUGCGGUAAAACGCUUUUUUUUUUUUGACGGCGCUUCACAAGUUCCGAUGCAUAUAACCAGAUUUCACUCUGGGGCCAUGGUCCUUCGUGGGACAUUGGCGAUGUGUCGGUCCCUCACGCGAUUUGGCGCGUGCAGGACGCCCUCGGACUCGCCGCCUCGCGAUAAGAACGAGAAGGGUACGGAGGAGAGGAGACGUCGUCUUUUCUUGGCGGGUUUCGGCUGCGUCAUGCUCACGGCCGCCGUCGCCGCAUCAACGGGCAUCGUGAUAGCUCUCCUAAACUGGCAGCCCGACCCGACGUGCCGCAGCCCCGGGUGCCAACUGUACAGUGAGAAGUUACGAGCCAGCAUGGACAUCACCGUGGACCCGUGCCAGGACUUCGGCCGAUACGUGUGCGGCCGCUACUCACACCCGAGGAAUUUCUCCGUGGCCGAGGCGGCCGCGCAGCGGUACCGUGACGAGGUGGUCGCGCCGGUCCACAACGCCAGCCUGACCGGUGAAGGUCAGAACGCCCUGCAGAAGUCCUGGCGCUUCUACAAGUCUUGCGAGGACGUUCUCGGGGGCGCCGUGGACAACACGCCCUACGUGGUGGACGCCCUGAACGAUAGUGGCAUCCAGUGGCCUACGCCGUCCAACCACGACGUCAACCUCGUUCAUGCCAUGGUGUACCUGGCGACCCGAAUGGCUUGGCCCAGCAUCGUCGACUUCGCGGUAGAACCCCAAGCUGACGAUGUCGUGGAGGUGACGAUCAGCCCGUCGAAGUACACGGCCGAAGUCCUGCAACGUCGCGGGGGAGUCAACUUGACUGCAUACGAGGACUUCUUCAAUGUAGCCGUUGAACACUUCUCCAAGGCAGGGGGGUAUGACAAUACUAAUACGUCCGCUGUCAACUUUAGUACCAUGUACAACUUGGAAAACAACUACGAAGUUUACUACCUCAAGAAAGCCCAGGAAGAGGUGGUCUUCGACGAGAACCUCGAGUGGGUGCAGAACUUGACCAUCUUUCUGAAGGCCGAACUGGUGCAGUCAAUGCCUGACCGCGUGUAUCCGCAGAGCCGGCUGAGAAUCGCCACCGGCCACGUGGAGUUCAUCAACUGGCUCAUCGACCAGGUCCUGGACCACAUGUCCCACGUCGAGCUCGUGCUCGGUUGGCACGUGGUGAUGCACGUGGCGGCGCUCACGAACCGCGACCUCGCGGUUCACUUUCACAAACUCGUCACGGGCUCCGGAGACCCCGUUUGGGAGCACAAGGUGUGCACGUGCAGAGAGGCUCACCGUUACGCCUAUUUCCGCUCACGACAAAAAAAAAUGUUGGCCGAAGAUUACGCUUCUUGAUAAUGCGAUCUUUGAGCGCAGCUACUGCCUUAUUUCUACAACAGGCAAUCGCAUACAGAACACGCAGUGCCGAACGGAGGCGGUUCUGCGUUUCGGAUUGGGUGGCACACACCGCGAUCCGCCGCUGGGGAGCCGGUGCCCCGGCGACGCGCCAUC